UCAUUGUGAUUGGCUCACGUUUCAUGUCCAUCAAAGCUGUGUGGGCGGGACUCAAACAAUCCACUCGUGCUCCCUUCACUGAGGAUUGUGCGCCACAGCAGACAGUAGUACAGCAGCGGCAGCAUCCACUCUGUGACCGGAGGACAACUACUGCUGUUGUUCACUCUCCCGCAAACUGAGCCUGUAGCCAACCGCUGGUGCAUCCUUGAAAUUGUUAUUUUUUAGGAGCGAGCAUAUUUCUGCUUUCAAAAGUAACACAGUUUUCCGUUCGUGAAGUCGGUUGUGCCUUUUCCCUGAGACACACAAAAGACGCACUCCCAAGUCCACCUGGAUAGCUGACAGAGCAGUCCGGUCUGGUUCGAGGUCCAGUGGGGAGAGACAGAGAGGAGAAGUUAGCCCGGAAGGCAAGAGGAAGAAACAGAGAAGCCAGGAUGAAUCAAAAGAGUCAUUUGAUUUUCACCCUCUACACUAUUUAUGGGAUUCUUCUGAAAGUGGUGGCUUCAAAAGGCAAACCUCGAGGCAUCAGCGGUCAGUACCCUCUGGUUCAGAAUAUGACGGUGACGGAGGGUGGGACGGUGAACAUGACCUGCCGUGUGGAGUAUAAUGACAACACCUCCCUCCAGUGGUCAAACCCAGCACAGCAGACCCUCUUCUUUGGAGACAAGAAAGCUUUAAGGGACAACAGGAUUGAGCUGAUGCAUGCGUCGUGGUCGGAGCUGACCAUCAGCAUCAGUGAUGUCACGCUGACGGAUGAAGGCAUGUACACCUGCUCCCUCUUCACCAUGCCUGUGAGAACGGCCAAAGCCUACCUGACUGUUCUAGGUGUCCCGGAGAAGCCAGAGAUCGACGGCCUGACGAAGCCCGCCUUGGAGGGAGACCAAAUCACUCUGACCUGCAUGACCCAGGGCAGCAAGCCCGCCGCCGACCUGCGCUGGUUCAGGAAUGAAAAGGAGGUCAAAGGUGCCAAAGAGGUGAAUGCAAGUGGGAAGACCUUUACAGUCCGGAGCUCUCUGCAGCUGCAUGUGGACAGAAAUGAUGAUGGAGUGGCAUACACCUGCAAAGUGGACCAUGUGGCACUCACACAGACGCCACAGCAGGCCACUGAAGUACUGGAGGUCCAUUAUGCUCCUCAUGUGAAGAUCAUCAACUCCCUUGUAGUCCCUCAGGAGGGUCAGUACUUAAAGCUGGAGUGUAUGUCCAAAGGAAACCCUUCGCCAGAUCCUGUGAUGUGGACAAAGGACGGGGGUGAACUUCCUGACCUGGACCGGAUGAUUGUAGAGGGGAGGGAGCUCACCUUUACUUCGCUCAACAAGACAGACAAUGGCACUUACCGCUGCGAAGCUAGCAACCACCUAGGGACCAGCAGCGCUGAAUAUGUACUCUACGUCUAUGACGUCCCCACAACCCUGCCUCCAUCCACCACUCCCCCCCUACAUCCCAUCCCUCCAGAUCCUACCGCUCAAUUAGGCACCCACGCCUCAGACCCCACAGUCACUGGCAACAGAGAUCCUAACGCCAUUGGGCAGCACGGCACGGACCAUGCCUUGAUCGGAGGAGUGGUGGCUGUGGUCGUCUUCGUCACCUUGUGUCUAAUCAUUGUUCUGGGAAGAUACCUGGCCAGGCAUAAAGGAACUUACUUGACGAACGAGGCCAAAGGAGCGGACGAUGCGCCCGACGCCGACACAGCCAUCAUCAACGCUGAGGGCAACCAUGCUCACGCAGAAGAAAAGAAAGAAUACUUCAUUUAGACUGCAGAGGGAGCCCUCUUUCAAUCUCUGUAUCUCUUUUUCUCUCUCUUCUUCUCCACCUCUGACAACUGCCCCCGCCGUAUCAACAAGAAACCCGCAGGCAGUCCACAGACAAGAGAAGUUCCCCAAGUGUUUUCCUAUUAUUGCCUUUUGUCUAUCAUUUACAUCGUGUCCUUUAUUUCUUUAUUGCUUUCUUCUUUUCUUUGGCAGCCGGUUUUCACAGGCAGCUUGCAGUCGCUGCCCAAAUGAUCCCGUUCUCAUAUUGUUCCUCACCUUUGACAUGAAUGCCUGGAAGUCUGUAUAUCUACCAUGACUGCUUUCUUACAUGAGCCCUUUUUCAUCUUCUCUGCUGUUUCCCCUCCAAGCAGACACACAAACACACACUAUAUCCCCUUUGUUCACACACACGUCCACAAACACAUGAUCAUAUCUCACAUCAACACGGUGCCUAAAAAUACAGACGCCAUUGAACUUCUGUCAAUGCCUUCAUGUAUCGUCUGUCAGUAGCAAUGUAAAUGCUUUGUAGAUGGGUUAACUGGACCGUCAUUUCAUUGCUUAGCUCACAGCUUCUUUGAUUAUGCAUUGUGUCUUUUUUUAUUUUACUGAAGAUCUUUGCUGUUUACGCCUUAUACAUGUCUAUCACACUGAAUAUGGUACUUUUAGAUCCACGUCCCCCGACCCCAUCCCCCUCUAAAUAGACUUGUAAUUAAACAGUUGACCCUUGUAAGAUAAGAAGAAGGUUUUGUGUAACACUGUAGCAAGCUUUGUCAGAUAAGUGUAUCAUAUGAUUUUCAUUAUGAGGGUAGGGGUUAUAAGGGUAGUGUUGUAUUGUUUAGAGCAGAGAAUAAACACAUGCUACAUGAAGCAUUCCAUUAAAUAAACUCAAUCAAGUGUAUAAAACCAUUUGCUAAAUCUGCUGUACUUUUCUCUGUAUAUUCCUGCACUGUCCAGGCUGCAGUUUAGCGACACACCAACACCUUCAAGGUCCUCUUGACAGCUUACAGUAGUUUGUGAUUCAUAUAAAGGGUUCAGGUGUACAGAAGGAAUACAUCUCCUCUCUCUCUAAAAGCUGUAUAAAUUGUACUGAAAUUAGUUUAGCUUUUCACUUUGAAUUAUUUGGUUUGUGUUUAUGUCACCAUUUAUUCAUUUGAAUACUUAAGGACCCCGUGAAAUGUAAGAUGAACCAUGAGAAGUUAAUCAAAUAAGUUAGGAGGAAAUGCAUUUGUAGUGUUAAAUCACUUUUCCUCCCCCCUGUUAAUAAUGUAUUUAUCAUGGUCACCUCUUUUAAGCUUGAGGUAAAGACAGCUUUCAACAAGGUUGUCUGUACUGUAGGGUAUUUUUAUUAUAUAUACAGCACUUUUGCUCGACCAAAAAUAGUUUAAAAAUGUGCUAUAUAAAUAAAACUUGAUUUGAUUUGAUUUGAUUUGUCUACACACAUUCCUGUGUUGGCUCAAAAAUAAGCUUCAAUAUUAUUUUAUACAAAUAGUGAUAACCUCAAUUUGACUUAAACCACAUUUUUGGUAUUUUUAUCUCAAUUGAACUAUUUAGUUAAACUGUAUAUAUCACCAACAUGGCAGAAACUCUCCCCAUUAUACUGCAUAACUGCUCUUCUGCUUUCCAUUUUGUUGGAGUCACUCUCCAUGACCUGCGCUUCGAUUUCCAUUUCAUGGGGUCUUCAAGCAAAAAAAGAGGGGGGAAAAAGGAAAUAGUGUGUGAGUGCUGGGUCAUAGAUCUGCAGGGGGCUCCUUUCCAAAAACUAAAAACUGAAGAUAAAUAGAGAAGCACAAAAAUGUCUGAAUGAGAAACUGUGUUCCCUUGCCAACAACUGGAUUGCCUUGGGAAUGUUUCUUCUGUUCAAAUGGGCAGUGGAGAGAUGCUGAGGCUGUCUUUGAUUCAAUUCUGGAGAAAAAUAAAUCAGUGCAUUUUUUUGAAACUGUACGGUAAAUCAUGUUUUUAUAAAAAAAGGAAAUGUUUUUAAUAUUUUUGUUUUAAAUGGUUCUAAGCUCCCUGCUGUGUAUUGUGUACGCUAAAAUGUGGUUGAUUGUGAAAAUUGCUGUUAAAUUCUGGAUUCCUUCAAAUUUGUAUAUUAGCCACCCUAUCUAUUUACUUUUCUUUUCAUUUUUAUCAGUGCAUAAUACUUAUUGGAACAAUUUUAAACAAAUGUAUUUUGUUUUGGCACAAGGCAUGUAUAUAAUGUGUGAAAACUAAACUUUGGUUAUACACAUUAGCAUGUUUUUGUUUGGUUCUUUUAUCAUAUUUAAUUUAUUUAAACGGAAGUUAUUUGAGAGAGAACCGCAAUGAAAGUAUGUUUGUAACUUCAUUUUGGAGAGUCGUGGCUUCUUGUGAUUGUGGUGCUAAAAAUCGAAAAGGAUUUGAUGUUGUAAAAAAUGUGGUUAGCAAAAAUGUCAAAGCUGAACAGAAAUGAAGAAAUGGCCCAACUGCCGUCCCCAAAUCCCUAAAGUUAAAAUCAGAGUUGAAACGCUUUCAAAGAAACGUUACCUUCAAGCUGGAGGCUGAAAAUUUCCCACACAAACGAAACAUAUCCUUGGAGACAACUUCUGUUUCUUUUCAUAUAUCCCUGCCAGUCGUCUUUCAUCAGAUUGAACAAAUUUGGCUGAUUUAGUUUCCCAUGAAAGACGGAUAAACACUGUGGCCUCUGGAACUAAAACUUAAAGGCAAGGCACUAAUCUACUAAAAGGGAGCAAAUUAUUACCAAGGGCAAUAAAAUACUGGGCCCAGCUGUCUCCAAUUCGAUGGCCAAUUUACAACAUUAUGCAAAUAAGGUCAGCAAGUAAGGUCUUUCUCUAUGUGUAGGACUCGAGCUGCUGGAGUGAAUCACAAGUUGGGAAUCAUUAAACAUGUCACCACUGAUGUAGAAUUUAGGUUGCAUAUUACAUUUUAAACAUUUUAAUGAUUUGUUUUAAAAAUGCAAAAGCUUAGCCACAGUUGCCAUAUUGAAUCAUUUCAGUGCACUUGAAUCAAUAUUUAACUAUUUACAGGUUUGACUUCAGCCUCACCACAUUAUCCUUCAGCACUAAAGCGUUCUUAAAAACCUUCUGUAUCACAUGUGUGUGUAUAGGUACAUUUAUCACAAUAGUGUUAUGUAUUUUUUUUACUUUUUUUAUCUCUUGUUCUUUUCAUUGUGUCUUAAAUCAAUGACGGUGUCAAUCAAAUGUUCUGUUGUUUCAUCCAUCUUAGAAAUAAGAGAGUGUUUGAAUGGAUUUGUUGAUUCUGAAGUCAGAGGAACAGGCUGUUUUAUAUUAAAUGAACACUCACAAAUAACCGGGUCUGACGUGACGAGUUGGUGUUUAGAACUGAAACAGGUGCCAUUUACUGAAUUAUGCACUCUGACUAAUUUGAUGGAUAUUUCUUAGUAAAUGGUGAAAUGUGUCUGUUUUUUCCUUUCUGAAAACCACAUGUAAAUAUUUGUUUUGACGUGAAAGUAAUGAGCUGAUUAGUUUCAAAUUACUUUUCAUGAUAGUUAGACAGAACCUGAAUCUUUUUUUAAUUUGUUAUUCUAGCAGCCUGGCACAUACCAUCAUGCACUAUUUUACUAUGAUAGAUCAACUGUAGCUGUGUUACAUCUUUUGGUUGGUUAUUAGUCCAAUACAUUUUUUUGUUGUCGGUUAAAACUAAGCUUUAAACUUUUUGCCUCCUUGCUUUCCAACAUACUGUAUAUGGGUUUGGUUAAUAUCCGGCAUAUUAUGGGCCUCUAAUUUCCUCCUGGCGGCAAGACAGUUAUAGCGCUAACAUACUCGCGGUGCAAUUUUCUUCAGGCACUCAUCCAUUAUAGAGACUGGCUUCUGUUAGGUUAAAUUUCCCAGCUCCAAACGAAGCCACUUUGUUUGUCUGAAGGUGGGAGUGGUGCAGCUGAGAUUACUUGUUAAUGCAGAUCAGGAAAUGCAAUACUGGCAGUCAUUUCGGCAUGAAAUUGCACACAAUUUCGUGAACAAUUUUCACGGCAGUGAUUGCACAAAAAAAGACCUGUACACAAUCAUGAAAAUAUCUCUCAUGUAGGCUGAAUUGUAGUCAUAUGUGUGUUCCACCUGCGUAGGGCAACUGUUAACAGUAAUGCUAGCAAGAUAUUAAGCUACAAGUUACUGUCGAUGGGGACUAAGUGCAGUUAUAAUUAAAUAACAUUAUAUCAGAGGGUUUCAGUGUAUCCUGAAACUUACAUUUUACAUUGAAAAGGGACAUCAGAACAUCCUUGGCUGCAUAUUUCGGGAGCUGUUUUAUUGUGCGUUGCACCUCCAAUUUGUUAUUCUGCCCUCCUCCUGCCUGUCUGCUUCUUUUAAUGAGGGAUGAGACGAGCUGAUGUGAUUGGUUAUUAUUGAAGCUUGUCCAAACUCCACCUACUGAUACUGCAUUAUGUAUUCAUCCUGCUACAGCCUCCUUUUCAACACACUGCACUGCCCCAGAAGAGCCUCUCUGGUCACAAAGUAUUGCAGUCAGUUGGGGCAGACACACACGUGAAUUCUCGUCUAAGUUAGCGCAAGCAAUUGUCCCCAGUUUCAGGAAAUUGGAGGCCCAUAUCAAGUCAAAUAACCACUUUGGAUCCCUCACCUAAAAGGGAUGUAUAAGAAAGGAAUGGCCACUUUGAGUCAUAAUCUGUCUGAAAUACUUUACUGUACUGGUUGAAAUCUUGUUUUAAAUAAUGGUUUUGAUGGUCUUGGUCUCCACAGAAGUGAUGAUAGCAUGGCAUGUUUCGGUCCAGCGCUAUCGCUCCUCCUCUGACCCUGUCUUUGCUGUGCAGUUUGGCUUCAGCACACUUCUUUGUCCCUCUGCACUAUUGACACUAAAAACCAAUCAGCUUAAUCUCCAUAUCAUCACAAAGAUGACAAAACAUGUGACACAAUCACGUGUCAAGAUUUGAUUUUAUUAUAUCUCUUUUUCUUUUCUUUUGCAUCUCAGGAAAAUAUUUCAUUUAGAGAGAUUAUUUUUGAGUUUGUUUGUUUUCUGUCUUAAAAUGGGGACUUGUGAGCACUGAUCACUCUGCUCGUCCCUGAAUGCCGACACCAUGUAUUUGUUGAGUUUAAGAUUAUCGCAAUGUUAAUAAAACUAUUCAGUGAUUCUUCA